CGUGUCGCCGUCCCGUUCCCGUUGCCGUUCCGUGCCUGCGGUGCGGGUGCUCUCCCGCGACCGCGAGAGGGGGGAGCCUCGGAGCCAGCCAGCUCUCCUCCUCUACCCGUCUCCCCUCUCCUCCUCGGCGGGGUGAACAGGCAGGUCGGCCGCGCCAGUCGCCAGAUCUAUCAACCUCCUUUGAUCUUCCAGGCACAGGCACAGGCAGAGGCAGCACUGCAGGAGGAGGCAGCGCCGCGCCGGAUGCGCCAUGCGGAUGCGGGUGCUUCCGGCGUCCUGGUCAUCCUCCUCCGCCAAACAUAGCAGCGGCAGCUCCGAGUCGCAGGAGCACCCUUCUCCCUCCUCUACUACGGCCGCGGCCGCGGUGUACCUCAACAUCUACGACAUCUCCCCCCUCAACCACUACCUCUACUGGUUCGGACUCGGCAUCUUCCACUCCGGGAUCGAAGUGCAUGGCAUGGAGUAUGGCUUUGGAGCUCAUGAAUAUCCCACCAGCGGAGUCUUCCAAGUAGAACCCAAAAGCUGCCCUGGCUUUAUCUUCAGACGCUCUGUGUGUGUGGGUACAACUCAUAUGUCCCGCUCCCAAGUCCACACUUCCAUAGAGGACCUCGCCGAGGAUUAUCAUGGGGACACUUAUCAUCUGAUUGUCAAGAACUGCAAUCAUUUCACAGCUGAUGUCUGCAAGCGUUUGACCGGGAAGCCAGUACCUGGAUGGGUGAAUCGACUUGCCAGAUUGGGUUCCUUCUUCAAUUGCGUAUUGCCUGACAGCAUCAAGGUUUCAGCAGUCAGAGAUGUAAACACGCACCCAGAUUUUUCUGAUGAUGACUUGGGGUCCAAUGCUUCGAUCCUUGAGGGAAGUGAUGACGAUGACUUAGACCAGCUUCUGAGAACACCAAACAGCGACAUUGUAUCUUCAAGGGACAAGACAUUAACUCCUGGCAGGGAUAGCAUCUAACUGACUGCCACCGCUCUCUGUUUCAUCAUAGCAAAAAAUAGAGGCAGAUGCUUCGCCAGUGCGGACAAUCACAUCUCAUGGUGGAAUCGGUGGGUUUGGCCUGAUCAUAUCAUCAUCCGCUGUUAAAACUUGUGGCACGCUAGUUCAGGGUGAUGAAGGAUUGAUUGGUCGAUUGAUGUUUGCUGUUAUCAGUUGCUGUAGAGAUAACAGCGUAUAGUGUUAAUGUGAUGAUACUUUGUUGUGAUAUACCAUGUGGCAAAGGCCAAGUUAACCAGCAUGUCAUGGUUGUGUGUGUGGUGAAUAUGUUGUAGUUAAGUUUGUAGUGUGGGCAUACUGUCUAAGUAGAGGAUUUGGCUAGUCAUAUCGAGUGACUUUUCUUUUGAUUUUGACUCCCCUUUGUAACGGUGAUGGUGUGUGUAAGUGAUUUCUUCUGUACAAAAAUUGACAGAGUUUGAAAUGAUUUUACAGAUGGAGUAUUUGUGAGUCAGAA